UCCAGUGAAAGACCCGGAACCCAAAAGGAAGAAGAAGAAGAAGUAAAUUGUCUGCUAGCGUCAAGACACUGACGAUAGAGCACCGACCCUGAAGAGGACGAGGGAGUCUUCAUCCUCAUCUCCUCAUAAGGGGCGUGGAGUGGCUGUUUUAGCGUCUUUAGCUCGUCUGCUAAAAGCUACAUAUUUAGUGUUCAUCUGUGUAAAAACAGUGGAGCCGAUGAGUGCAUCUCAUUGGACCAACUUGACCCUUCACCUGGAGGAGUCCCUGACCAAUGCCUUGGGUCAUUACCUUGACAACUGGAGGCGUAAUGCGACAGCUGCAGACAACGCUUUGGACAAGACUUUGGCUGAGGAGAACUUUAGAAACGUCAUCUGGUAUCUGGCGGUGAUGAUUGGCAUGUUUGCCUUCAUUAUUGUGGCCAUGCUGGUGAGCACAGUCAAAUCCAAAAGAACGGAGCACUCCAAUGAUCCCUACCACCAAUACAUCAAAGAGGACUGGACUGCUCAGUUGCAACAGGGCGAUGUCAUAACUAACUUUGCAGCUAUAUAAUGCACACAGAAACACUUUCAUCAGUAGCAAGAAUAGCAGCAACAAAAUGUUCCA